GGUUUUAUCUGAACCACUUUGCCUGUGAGAGAAACAAGCAGGCGACAUAAACUCCCUCGCUGUGCCGCUAAUGUCUCACUGUAGUUAAUAAUUUGAAACUCAGCAUUGUUUCACUCUCUGAAAUGAAGUAUCACUUUUGGCAUGCUUCAUUCAUUUUAUUCCAAUCAGCCUCUCAGAUGAGGUGCAACUUUAUCCCCGUUUCCUGCUGCUCCCUCACAGCACAUGGAGGUCAAAGGUCAUGUGCCGUUUGAGAGCACAGGGAGUGUUUUUCCACUGUUUUCCACUUGAGGGAGGCUGUUUUUAGCCAUAAGUUUAGCCUGUCGGGACGGUAAUAAGCACCCGAAAGCUAUGUGAAAUAUAUUUUUGCACUGUCUUUAACUGCAGUCAAAGGAACCUUUCUGCAUCAGGCCAGCUGCAACAGCAUCACCAGCAUGUUAGCUCGGGAUCAUUCAAAUGCGUGUUUACUGCCCUGCACUUUGUUUUGUUUUGCCCCAGACUCAGACUGUACCUUGAUCCCCUCUGGGCUGCUAGAACCAGAAGUGUUUAUUCUCUCCAGAGUCUCACGCUUGCAAAUGUUCCACAGAGGAGGGGAAAACUGUGGCUACAGUUCAUAUGGGUUUUGCAAUGUGCCUUGAGACGCAGAUUAUUAACUUGUGGAAGUGAGACCAGAGCAGAACCUGACACUCUCUGUGGAUGGAAAACAGAGUAUUUACUGUCUAGCGUUCUUUCUUUCUUUCUUCCUUCCUUCCUUUCCUCCCACGUUGCUCUCCCUCCCUCUUCUCCCUCUUCAGAGUGUCGUGAACGCGCUCAGGAGGCUGUUAUUAAAUGGGCGGGCGGUCUUGUAGGCGCGGUCACGUCCUCGAGCUCCGGUGGUUUUGACUGUGACAUAAAAGUGCGCGUCCCACCGGCCGGCCGGCGCAACUCUGUCUCUACUCUCCGUGAGACCGGAUCGGAACCAGUUCACAUCGACCGGGAUCGGAACCAGCGCCGGUGCCACAACAUAACCAGCCUGACGGUGUCCGGUGGGGAUCAGGGAAACACGUGAGGACGGCGGACACUCGCUGCUGACAUCACCUUCAUCCAAAGAAAGCCAUCCUCCUCACUGUGGGCUGCCUUGCGUGGGAUGCUGGAGAGUGGGAGAGCAGGAGUGGAGAGUUGAUGCCACUUGGCAACAGUAAGAGGUGUGGCAUAGUCAAUCAUGGGGGAUUCAUUCUUCAACUGCUGUUAUGUUCCAGCCCAUCCCCCAGGCGAGGGGGAGCCCCCCGGGUCCAGACGCUCAGAGAUCAUGGCCUCCCAGUCGGCCCACAUCUCCUCCAACAAGCGCUUCCUCAUCUUCUUUGACUUUGAUGAGACCAUCGUGGAUGAAACCAGCGACGACAUGGUGGUGCAGACCGCCCCGGGGCAGCACCUCCCGGGCUGGCUGAAGGACACCUACCAGCCCGGUCGUUACAACGAGUACAUGCAGCGGGUGCUGGCCUACCUGGCGGAGCAGGGCGUCACCGAGAGCGACAUGCGCAAUGUCAUGGAGAAGCUACCGGCCACCCCCGGCAUGCUCACACUCUUCCAGUUCCUCCGCACCAGGUCCCAGCAGGACUUUGAGGUGGUGCUCGUGUCCGACGCCAACACCUUCUUCAUCGAGUCCUGGCUCAGGCGCGCCGGGGUCCGCCAGCUCUUCCACCGGAUCUUCACCAACCCGGCCACCUUCAACAAAGACGGCCGGCUGGUGAUGCGGCCCUUCCACUCCCACGACUGCCCGCGCUGCCCGGACAACAUGUGCAAGCAGGUGGUGGUGAGGGACUAUGUGGCCCGCAGGACGCAGGAGAGGGGCCGUCCGUACCAGAGGGUCUUCUACGUGGGGGACGGAGCCAACGACUUCUGCCCGGCCCUUUCCCUCGGACCACGGGACGUGGCUUUCCCGAGGCGGGACUUCCCCAUGCACCGGCUGAUCACGGAGACCCACGAAGCCAUGCCCGGGGAGUUCAAGGCGGUCACGGUCCCGUGGGCCAGCGCGGAGGAGGUGGUGCAGCGGCUGAGGAAGCUGGUGGCAGAAUAGAGAGAGAGAGAGUGUGUGGGAGGAGAAAGGAGAGGAUCAGGGGGCUAUUUGAAACUUUUAGUCAUAUUCUCAGGUGAAAUAAUCCCAGAAAGUAAUGUUCAAGGCAAUGAAAUCUUCUGUACUGUCAGUGAGAAUCAAGUUAAAUGUGUCUGUCUGGCGUCAGUCCAGCUCCUCACGUUUUCCCGCAGGGGUCACUCACACGGCAGAGGCCCAGCUUCACAUCAGCAGGUUAAUGAUUAUACAGAGACCUUCCUCCGUCGCCAGAGAGAGGAAAAACAUAACUAAUUCACUGCUUUGUUUUUAAAACGACAUUUAGGAGUGAGGAGGUUACUUUAAAGUGAACUGAGGGCAUUUGAAAUAUCCUUCAGUGGGUCGUGUGUUUAAGCUGGGUCGCAGGGACACUUGUGGGAGUACUCUAAUAGCAAAAUUUAAAAAUGCUAUGGACAUUUAUGUCAACCCAGUGAUUGGUUGCUCUAUAAUUACAAUAUUAAAUGUGUUUUCUUACAAGCUGCACUUUUUAAAUAGAAAAUACUGAAUUCUAGUCCCAAUCAGAGGAAGCAGAGUAACACUUUCAUCUAACAGAAAUGGGCAUUUCAACAGAAUUUUAUCAACAUGCUUCUCAGAGAAUAUAUGUCUAAUUUAGAAAUGUAUGACUAUGUUGUAAUGUUUGAAAGAGUGUAUUUGUUUGUUCGACUCGUUUAUCGGUCUGUAGUGUCUUUACUGUGUGGGCCUGGCCCACUGAACAAAGUAUUAACACCAGCAGGAAUAAAGCCAUCAACUGAAA